AUAGUGUUACCUAUGGCCACUGUCCAGAAAUCACAGUAUACACAAGCUGCUGCUACUUUCCUAGUGCAGCACAACUCCCUUCAUUGUGGGCAGAAAAUAAAAAAUCUCUUCUUAGCAUGUUGGUGGAGGUUCACAAGGGAGUUCAUGGAUUUGUUAAAGAUAAGACUGGAAAACCAAUCUCUAAAGCAGUCAUUGUGCUCAAUGAAGGAAUAAAAGUACACACAAAAGAGGGAGGUUAUUUCCAUGUACUGUUAGCCCCAGGUGUCCAUAACAUCAAUGCCAUUGCCGAUGGGUAUCAGCAACAACAUUCCCAGGUCUUUGUGCAUCAUGAUGCAGCCAGUUCUGUGGUAAUAGUCUUUGACACAGAUAACCGGAUAUUUGGUUUGCCAAGGGAGCUUGUGGUAACUGUCUCAGGUGCCACCAUGUCGGCAUUGAUCCUAACAGCUUGCAUUAUUUGGUGCAUCUGCUCAAUCAAGUCUAACAGACACAAGGAUGGCUUUCAUCGGCUCAGGCAGCAUCAUGAUGAAUAUGAAGAUGAAAUUCGCAUGAUGUCAACCGGCUCCAAGAAGUCUCUCUUAAGCCAUGAGUUCCAGGAUGAAACAGACACUGAAGAGGAAACAUUAUAUUCCAGCAAACAUUGAAACACACACCUUGCAUCUCUCCCAGCAUAAGUACCAAGCAAAGUUACAGUUCCUUUUGGGAGACACUGCAUCAAGAAGAGAGACUAUUUUACUUCUUCAAAGAGCUUUGGGAAGUUAACUUGCUAAAUUUGUAUUCUCUGUGAAUUUGGCUGGCAGUUUUGAACUUCCCCUCCUUAAAGUACUCUUACCUUAAAAAGAAAAAAAAUCUGCUUUCUAUUUAUGCAGAGAUGGGACAGCCACUUUGUUUUUCUUCUUAAUUUAAGAUGAGCUGUUUGGAGCUUAUGCUAUAACUGAAGAAAGCCAACUAGUGGAUGUUGUAUUUUGCACACCAGGUGUUUACUAGUGGCUUUAGCUUUUUCUCUUUAUUUUAAACGGCCAAAAGAAUCCAGAAACAUUAAGGCAGGGACAGCAGUCAGAAUCUGACAUAAAGCUUUAAAAACUCAAGGUUUUUUCAACCUAUUGAGGAGUACUUUUCUCUAGUUAUUAAAUAGCUGGAGUUUCUCUUAUUAUUCAGGUUUAAUGGAGGCUGAAUUGAUUUUGAAACUUAUGUAACAUUAGGAAAUGAUUAAACGGGCUUCCGGAUUUGGCUUUCUACCUGUUCCAAGGCUAGAACAGAACUGGUGGGCUGUGCUCUAAGCAGGAUUUCACUACCUCUUGUGUAAGGUUUAGCAAAGUUGUAAACAUCCCCAUUUUAAGGGAGAACUUGUUGACUGUUGUAAAAGAUCUCAGUGUCCAUUUGCGUAGAGCUGAGAGGGAGAUCUAGCAAAAGCUAAAACUCGUGUUGCCUAUCUUUUAACUUGGUAAAAACCCACAGGUGCUGUUGCUUUUAUCUGUGAAGCACUAGUUUAUUCUAGGAAUGCCUAAUUCUGUGCUAUUUCCUAAAUUUGAACCUUUUUCUAUGUUGUACACUUAGGGUUUUCAGAUGACCUGGCAAUCGACAAGAUCUGAAUUCUACUGAAAAUACCUGGAAGCGUGGAAGAGACCUACUUGCACAUUCUUAACCUACAUUUGAACGUAGAAUAUCUACACUCCUUGUUAGCCCAAGCCAGCACCCUAUUAUAGCAUCCUGUUAUUGAAAUAGCUUGGCCAACCUUAUUCGUAAAGGCCUCUGCGUGUGAUUGGGUUCUUUGUCCUAAUGUUUCAUUUGACAGUCUCUUCUCGAUCAACCAAUUUUGUUAAAAGUUCAGUUGAAAGCACUUAAAUAUGGCUCCCUCCAUUAAAAAAAAAAAAGUAACACUAGUGAGAAAGUGUUAUCUUCAGUGUCAGUGGGGUUACUGCAAAGGCCUAAAAGAUUUGCAUUUUAUUGUGUCUGUCAUAUCAUGCUAUUCAAUGGAAAUGAUGCUUUUUGUAAGUAUGAGUCUUACCAAUGAUCUAAUGGUUUAAUACCUUUGAAUGUUUUAAUGGCCAAGUUGCUGCUGAACUUGUACUAAAUCAGGGGAUCAAAAAACUUGCUCUCAUCUUUUCAAGUUGUAUUCUGUAUCCAUUAAUGUAUCUAUCAUCCCAAAGCCUUCAUGUGGAGUGGUUUACCACCCAUCUAGGUCAUUCAACCAAGUAUUGUGAGAAAUGUACCCAAAGUGGCUUCAUAAACAGAGAUUUGGUUUAGCA